AUGCGUCUCCUCGCGCUCCUCCUGCCAGCCCUAACCAGCGCCCUCCAACUCCCACUCCGUUUCCCCCAGUCCUACGGGAGCCAUCCCACUGCCCCCGUAUCUCCCUUGCAGGACUUCCCAGCUCCCGAGCAGUCGCUCUCCGCACUCUCGUCUGAAGAGUACACUACCCUCACGCACACCCAAUUCCCGGGGUAUGCGGUCCGCAUCCGCCAGACGACAGGUUGGUGCGAUCCCAAUGUCCGAAGCUGGUCUGGGUACUUAGACGUCGGGGGCGGGGCGAAGCAUUUGUUUUUCUACUUCUUCGAAUCCCGCCGCUCACCCUCCACUGACCCACUGCUAAUGUGGAUCAACGGCGGCCCAGGCUGCUCCUCCUCCCUCGGGCUAUUCAUGGAGCUCGGUCCCUGCCGCCUCUCCCCCUCGGGGAACGAGACCGUCCCCCACCCAUAUGCGUGGAACGAGCAAGCGAACGUGUUCUUCCUCGACCAGCCCGUGGGCGUCGGUUUCUCCUACGCGGACUAUGAGGGCGUGGACAACACGGAAGAUGCGGCGAAGGACGUUGCGGCGUUUGUGUCGAUUUUUGUAGAAACGUUUGUGCAAUUCAACGGCAGGGAAUUCCAUAUGGCUGGGGAGUCGUAUGCUGGACGCUACCUCCCCGUCUUCGCUUCAGAGAUCGUGGACCGGAAUAAACGUGCCCCCGCCCUAGGGCUGCAGGAGAUAAACCUCAAGAGCGUCCUGAUCGGUAACGGGAUCACGGACUUUAUGACCAUGAUCCCUGCUUAUUAUGAGAUGGCGUGCACGGGGGCGAGUGUGCCGCCUAUCCUCGAUAUCAGCCAGUGCGUGAGGAUGAAGCGCGCUCUCCCGCGCUGCCAGCAAAUGGCCCAAUCCUCCUGCGUGGACAUCUUCGACAACCUGGCAUGCACAGCAGCCGAGCUCUUCUGCAGCUCCGAGCUCGAAGAUCCCUUCUUCGCCUCCGGGAUGAACCCGUAUGAUAUUUCCCAGGAAUGUGAUGGCCCGAUUGAGGAGACGCUCUGUUACCCGAUCGUGAGGGUUAUUGAAAGGUAUCUGAAUUUGAACAGUACGCGUAAGACCUUGGGGGUGGACGACAAGGUAAGGAGGUUUGCAGGAUGCUCGGCCGAAGUUGGGACCGCUUUCAGUCAAAAGAUGGACAUGGUCGCACCCGGACCGAUAUAUAUCACCGCCCUGCUCGAACGAGGCAUCAACGUGCUAAUCUACGUCGGUACGCUGGACUGGAUCUGUAACUGGGUCGGCAACCUCGCGUGGGUAGAGGCGCUCCAGUGGGGCGGAGCACAGGGGUUCGAAGCGGUUCCGAUGGGAGAAUGGCAGGUCAGUGGUGGGAGGGCGGGAAUUACGAAAGGGUGGAAAGGGCUGACUUAUGCCACUGUUGAGGGGGCGGGACAUAUGGUACCGCUUGAUAAACCUGUGGAGGCGCUGGAGAUGGUGAACCGUUGGUUGGACAAGAUGGCUCUGUGAGGGCUAUAGCUGUGUGUGAUGUGGGAGACUCGGUGGUAUCUGUAAUUGCUUGAUUGGAAU